AUGCCUGAGAGACACCUGAAAUCCCUGGCUCUGGUAGCUUGUCCAGCAUUUGAGCACCUGGACGCUGAGAGAGAAGAUUUCACUACGAGAGCAGAAAUGCAGUUCCAGUUUACUGAGGUGAGUUACUUGGCCUUUGCCAUAGUCAACUUUCCUCUCGCUGCUCUCAACAUAUUGGCAAACUUAUUUUAGUCCUUUUGCAUGCUCCGUCCACCGCCAGGCAGAGAGAGACUGAAACAGCCUGUGAAGAUACCAGUGGGAUCUAUGGUGUGAUUCACCACAGUCUACCUGGUCUCUGGUAUUGCAAUGGGAAGUUUGCAGCUAGAGCUCAUCUUUACCUUUUAUCUGAUAGUGGGGUACACUGUAUCCGGCAGCAUGUCAAACUCUAUUUGGAUUAAUUGUUUCUUCUACACCCAGAUCGUCUUUGCCCAGAGAGCGCUCUUCACCUGGGUGAAGAGGAACAUCAAAAUCAUCAUCUACUGGGCCCUAUUUAUCGACAGGGUGUAG